UCGAGCAUCCAUGAUUCGGCAGUCUUUGUUCAUUCUUCACAUCGCGGCCGCACUAUUCUUCUCCUCUAUGUGGAUGACAUGAUUCUUACUGGAGAUGAUCCUGCUCACAUUGCCUUUGUGAAGCAGAAACUCUGUGAGACAUUCUUGAUGACCGAUUUGGGUCCGCUUCGUUACUUCUUGGGUAUUGAGAUCACUUCUCAGUCUGAUGGCUACCGUCUUACUCAGCAGCGAUAUACUCUUGACCUUCUUGCUCGCUCUGGCUUGACUGAUACUCGCACUGCUGCUACACCCAUGGAGCUUCACUUGCAGCUCCGAGCUUCUGAUGGGACUCCUUUACCUGAUCCCUCUCGAUAUCGACAUCUUGUUGGCAGCUUGGUUUACUUGGCUGUCACUCGUCCUGACAUUUCUCAUGCAGUCCAUAUUCUGAGUCAGUUUGUUGCAGCUCCUACUUCUGUUCAUUAUGCACAUCUUCUCCGAGUACUGCGCUAUCUUCGUGGUACUGCAUCUCGUGGUCUGUUCUAUUCACGUCAUUCCACUCUUCAGCUACAGGCCUAUUCCGAUGCUACUUGGGCUAGUUCCCCUGAUGAUCGUUUCUCUGUCACUGGUUACUGUAUCUUUCUUGGAUCUUCUCUCAUUGUUUGGAAGACUAAGAAACAGCAUACAGUAGCCAAGUCCAGUGCUGAGGCUGAGGUUCGUGCUUUAGCUUCUACUGUUCAGGAGGUACUUUGGCUUCGCUCGAUCCUACAGGACUUUGGGAUACUGCAGACCUCCCCUAUUCCUCUUCACUGUGAUAGCACUGGGGCCCUUCAGAUUGCUGCUGACCCGGUCAAGCAUGAGCUGACCAAACACAUUGGAGUGGAUGCCCAUUUCACUCGAUGUCAUGUUCGUUCUCAGACAGUGUCUCUUCAUUACCUUCCCACAGAGGUUCAGCAUCUUUUCAUGUUGUCCAAACUCCAGACGUAUGAUCCGUCUUGAGUUUGAGGAGGGGUGUUAGAUACAUGUAUAUAUGUGUAUGUAUAUCCUGAGUAUAGACCAUGUACACUAUAUGUACUUGUACACUUCAUCAUCUAUUUAUACAUGAGCUUGUCCAUUGAGAUCAAUGGUUCAAGCAUUUCUCUCUUC